GGGACGCCAUCACGGCCAAACAGCUAGCGGACGAUCGAGCGGGGCCGGAGGAGAUCGCCGUCUCCACCUCCGCGCGGCGACCUGCCGGAGAUGCAGACGACGACCACGCCCGUCACGGCGGCGGCGGCGGCGGUCACCACCACCGCCUCAUUCUCCUCCAAGGUCGCGGCCACCGCUAGGUCGUCGCAGCGCCGGAGCAGCUCCUCUCCGGCGACAAGAUUGGUCGCCAACCCCACUCACCGGCGGCCACCGCUAGCUGUUGGAGCCAUUGCCGGUCUGGAUCCAGUCCCAGCGGUGCAGCUGCCAUUAACCGCUGGAAACGUGGAGUUUGUUCUGGAUGAAGUGCGGCCAUACCUCAGUGCAGACGGAGGGGACGUUGCCCUCCAUGAGAUCGCCGGCAAUGUGGUCAGGCUGAAGCUGCAGGGAGCCUGUGGAUCUUGCCCAAGCUCGUUGGUUACGAUCAAGAUGGGCAUCGAGCGGCGCCUGAUGGAGAAAAUACCAGAUGUUGCUGCUGUUGAACCUGUUGCAGAUAAGGGGACUGGGCUUGAGCUGAAUGAAGAGAAUGUUGAAAAGGUACUCAAUGAUAUCAGGCCAUACCUUGCUGGCACAGGAGGUGGCAAGCUCCAGCUUCUCAUGAUCAAGGGCCCCAUUGUGAAGGUCCGGCUCACUGGCCCUGCUGCAGUUGUGAGGACUGUUAGAGUAGCUGUCAAUAAGAAGCUCCGAGAGAAGAUCCCAUCCAUUACAGUCGUCCGAUUAUUGCCAUAACCUGAAGACAUCUCUGUGCACCCCCUCAAGGCUCAAGCAACACAUCAGCAACACACUUUGUACAGAAAGUUGAUGUAUAUUUGUUGCAUAUUGGCAGGCUCUCCGAAAGUUGCUCAUCUCUAGUCAGCUCUCAGCACAUCAUUCAAGAUUAUAUUUUGUCUAGAUCUGUAAAUGGAGUUUUUAUAUGUUGCUCUUGAAGCAAAAAAGGAAAAGUAUUUCUUGGUGGA